CGAGGGGGCGCCGCUUUAAAGCUCUGUUUCUCGUGAACGCACACGAGGAAGUCCAGGCCCGCAUAUUUACCUGCUUCAUCGGACAUAACAUCAUCAAAACUCCCCGGAGGACACUGUCCGUUUCUACUGUAGUUCUUAAAAAAGGCUUUGACCCCAGGCCCACCGUGAAAAGGUCACAGGUGAAUCAACCCGCCGGCGCAGGCGGCAGCGACACUGCUGGCCCCGCUCGGCACCCCGAGAAAUGGCGUCCAGCAGCGGUGUGUUCUCUGAGGAUCAGUUUCUUUGUCCCAUUUGUCUGGAUGUGUUCUUUCAACCUGCCUCCAUCCCAUGUGGACACAACUUCUGUCUGCCCUGCAUCUCGUCCUACUGGGACGGGCCGCAGGCCUGUCAGUGUCCCAUCUGCAAGGCGUCUUUUCAGCAGAGACCCGAUCUGAAGGUCAACACCUUCAUCUCAGAGCUCGCCUCACACUUCAAGUCGCUCGAGGUGACGGACGUCUGCGCCGGCGUCGGGGAUCAGCAGCGGGCCGGCGACGGAAGCGCGGUGCCGUGUGACAUUUGCACCGACACGAAGAAGGACGCCGUCAGGUCGUGCGUGGAGUGUCUGAGUUCGUACUGCAGCGUUCACCUGGAGCCUCAUUACCGAGCGGCGGGGCUGAAGAGGCACACGCUGGUUGAACCGGCGGCGGGUCUGGAGGACAGGAUCUGCCCGAAGCACAACAGCCUCCUGGUGUCCUUCUGCAGGGACGACAACCUUGUGCUUUGCGCCGUCUGCGCGAGCUCGUCCCACACGCAGCACAGGGUCGUUCCCGUGCAGCAGGCGUGCGUGGAGAUGAGGCGCCGGCUGGCGAGCGCCGAGGACAAGGUGCAGGAGGAGAUCCAGGAAAGGAUCAACAAGACGCAACGCGUGAAGGAGUCACUGAGACAAAGAAAAGCCGAGACCGAGGAGCUGAUCGCCAGCAGCGAGCAGGAAAUAACGGAGCUGAAGGUCAACGUGGUCAGGGCGAUGAAGGAGAGGCAGAAAGCCAACCAAGAACACGCAGACGGAUUCAUUCGGGACAUGGAGCGGGAGACUGCCGCGCUGCAGAGGACUGCACAGGAGCUGAGGGAGCUGAAGCGGACUGAAGACGGCCUCGUCUUCCUCCAGAGGUUCUCUAAAGUGACGCUCCUGCCGCACACCAUGGAUCUGUCUUCAUUCAGCCUCAGCACACACCUGGAGCUGCAACACAUACACAAGUCGGUGAGCAAUUUGGCGUCUCAGCUGCGAGCGCUGCUGAACCAGAUGAGCUCCGACAUGAAGGACUACUCCAGCGGAGCAUGUGGGCCGAAUGACGGCGCCCUGAGACGCGCGCAGCAGCACGAGGUGAACGUGGUGCUCGACGCCGACACCGCGCACCCGCUGCUGGUUUUAUCCGAGGACGGGAAGCAGGUGCGGUUCAGCGCGGACCCCGACCUGUGGCGUCGGCGCGCCCUGAACCCGACCACGUUCAGCGAGCACCUGGCCGUCCUGGGGCGGAAAGGCUUCUCGUCCUGCAGGUUCUACUUCGAGGUGUCCGUGGGCAGAAAGACGGAGUUCUGUCUGGGCGUGGCGGCGGCGUCCAUCCCCAGGAAGACGGCGCUGGCUCGGACCUUUAACUCCAGCCUGUGGGCCAUCUGGUUCCUGAAAGACCGGUUCGAAGCCUUCGGCUGUCCAGACGUGCCGGUGUACCGCGGCGGGGCGACGAGGCUGGGGGUGUACGUGGAUUACAACGGAGGUGAAGUGUCGUUCUUUGACGUGAAGACCGAAGCACUUAUUUACUCCUUUACUGACUGUGACUUCAGAGAGAAGCUCCAUCCGUACUUUAAUCCCUGCGAUAAUGAAUAUGGCUGCAACUGGGAUCCGAUGAUAAUUGUCCCCGUUUGCCAUGCAGAUUAGGCAGAGACGUCAGACACCCGGCCAGAUGUAGGUUGAUCAUUAAAAUGCAGCUGUUAUUAUUUCAAAGAUAAACCUCCUUAUUUCAUUUUCUGCUUUCUGUUAAUGCAACUUUUUGUGAAGGCAGAAAGUAAAUAGUUUAAGUGGAUUAGAAGCACCCUGCCUUAAAUACAAAGAGGGUUUUGGAAAUGAACCAAAAGAUGAGAUUUACUCAGAGCAAAGCUUUUCUCCACUCAAAUGUUUGCAAACAUCAUUGCCUUGAUCAAUUAUUUAUCUUCAAGAGAAUGUAAUUGGUUGGAUUAACGAAGCAGAGGAGCCUAAAUAAUUAAAUAUCCGAAAUUACUGAAGUGGUGAGGUGUAACGACAGAAUAGUAAUAGAUUCUAGAAAUGAGAAAGGAAGCUUGUGAUCGCUGUUGUUGUGUCUCUGUGUUUAUUUCAAGGCUUAACAAUACGCAAGUGUUCACGUUUGAGAACACGGAUCCAGCAGACACUGAUAUUUUUGCAGUUUAUUUUUUUUGGACAGUUCACAUAUAAGUUCUCACGCGUCGUUUCAGGAGGAGUCAUGAACCGCACUUGAUUGUUGAUGAUGAGUUUUGAGCCUAUUGUAUGUUUCCAUGGUAACAGUACCACUAAAUACUAUCGCCAGUCCCAUAAACCACACUACAAGCGUCCAGUCCUGCAGUCCCUCUUUAUUUGAAGGACGAAGUUUGUUAGUUAAAUAAAAUUAAAUGAAUAUUAUGCACACUACAUGACCCUGAAUCGUUCAGUAUUUUUGUUUAUUGUGAUAUUUUGUUUUUUUAACAACUCUGUGACAAAACACUGUGAUGAAGGACGAGCAUCUCUGAAGCUAUGUGACUAUUAUUCCUGCACUCAUGCAAAUCUGAUUUUCAAGUUUGUAUUGUGUUUGUGAGGUUGAGAUGAUUGAAGUUUCGCUGGUUUAUUGCUCCGUAAUGGUGUUUAAAUAUUUAUCUUCAGCCUGAUAAAAGUUUAAUAAAGUGCAAAAGCAUUACGUAACACAAACCGA